AGGGUUGAGCUAUUAGGGGGUAAAAAUAGCUUUCAAAUCCGUGGGCCCUCAUAAUUGGGUUUAGCUUUUAGGCCCAAAAUAAAAAAUAUUCCCGAUCGUGAACAAAAAAGGAAGGUUAUCCGAAGUGAGGGUUGGAAAAUUGCAGUGGAUAGCGCUGUGGUGUUGUGUCCGAAAAUUGCAAAGAUGUCGGUGGCAAGCUUGUACUCAGGAAGAGGUUGGUGUAGUGCGGAAAUUCCUGUUCCGUGGAGGUCAAGAUCCAGUUGCAGUGAAAUUAGAAAGCUUUUGAAAUGUGAGAUAAUGGGAAAGGUUGAAUGUGAAAGCAAUAUAUUGAAAUCGGUUGGUGUAGUUGGAGUUGGAGUAACUGUGUUGCAGUUUGUGAGCUAUGUAGAACCCGCGUUGUCUCUGCCGUUGCAGCUCCAUGAACCACCGUUGGCCUCUCUUUGCAUGCCCACGUGGGCCGUUCACGUCUCCAGCGUCGCUGAAUGGAUUAUAGCCAUGGCUUUGUCCUGGCAAAAAGGCGAAAAAUCCGGUCAUCAAGCUUGGAAGGGCCUCUCUUGGGGUAUGGUACUUCUUCUUGGUGGAGCACUUCGUGCAUAUACAUGACAUUUCUUUUAUAACUGAGUCCUCGAGGUGAUACGUCACCCUUAUUCUCGGCCGCCCGAAAAGCUCGGCACGUGAAUAGAUAAGAUCGGCCUCACACCAGCUGCCCGAUAAGCUCAGCAUGAAAACAGACAGGAACGGCCUCACCCAUUUGAAAAUAAGAAACGUGCUCAGCAAACCUAAUCACCAAAACAGAAUAUCAUAACCAACCUACAAACUAGGACUUAUUCUCAGUAAAACGGAUAAAACAACUCCUAUAAAGCCGAGCUAAUAUCCUCGGCUAAGGUUCAGGUUCCAUUCUCAGUAUUCUAUUCUUUACUUAGCUAAUUCACUAAAGAUCAUUACUAACUUGAGCGUCGGAGUAUCUUUUGCAGGUAUUCCUACCGCGGUGUUCGAUCCAGACCGACGUAUAGCUCUUCCUCUCCGACAGCUGCCUGCUCGGAACAGCUAAAUCUCGGUCACCCCAUUGCCAGGACGAAACACUUGGCGCCCACCAUGGGGCCGGAAUAUAUCUGACCUCACCAUUCAUUUUAUUUAGUAUCUUACCUUAUUUUGCAGGAUUCUCUAUCCUCGAACAUGGCUGACAAUGGGAACCCCCAACCCACACAGGCAGAGCUCUUAGCUCAGAUCGCCGAACUCCAGGCGGAGGUGUGGAAGAUAGCUGAACUGUCCGCACAGAACAAUGGAAAGCACGAAGGAGAAAGCUCUAAAAGCUCGACGCAGGGCAAUACGGAACUCCUGAACAUCACUCCACCAAAGGAAAAGCUCACCCUCGAGAACCCCUUUUUUGAUGAGAUCACUAAGUUUCAGAUGCCGAAAAACUUUGUAUUACCUACAGCGCUGGAACCAUACAAGGGGUUCGGUGACCCCCGAGCUCAUGUCAAAAAGUUUUAAUCCAUGAUGUUUUUUAACGGCGCUAACAACGAGCCCGUGCUUUGCCGAGCUUUUCCUACCUAUCUUGAUGGUGCUACAUUACUGUGGUUUUCUAAACUGUCUGCAGGUUCAAUUUCCUCCUUUGAGGAGCUGGCAAAAUCCUUUAUUGACUAUUUUGCUGCAUCAAGAAUUUAUGUCCACAGAUCAGACUACCUAGGCACAAUCAAGCAAGGCCAACAUGAGAGUUUAAAGAACUACAUGACCAGGUUCUCCGAGGCCACUAUGGAGAUCCAAGAUUUGGAUCCUGCUGUCCACCUGCAUGCCCUCAAGGCCGGCCUCCGACCAGGCAAAUUCUGGAAAACCAUUGCGAUAACAAAACCAAAAACACUGGAGGAGUUCCGAGAAAGGGCUGCAGGUCAAAUUGAGAUUGAAGAGCUCCGAGAGGCCCAAAAGCCGGAGAGACAACCUCAGCGGAGGGAUGAGGAAAAAGCUUUCAGAUCACCAGGCAACAAGGAUACAAAGAGGCCCUUCAAGCUCACACCAAAAUAUAACACGUAUACCAGAUUCAAUACCAAGAGAGAGAACAUCAUAAAAGAGAUUCUGAAUGCCAAAAUCGUGAAGCCACCAGCCCGAGCAGGGAACUACCAAGACCAAAGGUUCGUGGAUAGAAGCAAGCACUGCGCCUUCAACCAGAAGUUUGGCCAUACCACAGACGACUGCGUCGUUGCAAAAGACCUGCUCGAAAGACUGGCACACCAAAGGCUCUUAGGCAAAUAUGUCGAAGGUCAAAAAGCCAGAGGUACAAACUCGGACAGGAACGAACACAAACAAGCAGUAACAGAUAAGAACAACAAAGAACAUACAGCUUCUGAUCCGCCAAGAGGAAUCAUCAGCCACAUAUGAGACUAACCACGUACCAUAACCUUACUUAGAACAGUCUAUGAGGAUUUACAAGUGGUAAAGCAAAUGAAGACUUCCGCUAUCGAACGAAUAGUGGCUUUUAACCCCUCUGUUGUGCACUAAAGGCAGUUUCCUGCUGUUAUGCCAAAUGUUCUUAUAUAGUGAAGGUAAGAGUUCAAGAUGCUUGCGCUUUUCGUCUUGUUGCAUGUGCCUUACGGUAUCCAAAUCCAGUCCUCUCUGCUUCCUAUGAUUGAAGUGAAGAUCUGCAAUAGACUGUCAGGUGUAGGCUUGCUUCGCAUAGGCUCGGGUCGGUGGUAACUAAAUAUAGAGAGAAGAAAAUCAGGAGGAUACGCAGGCGGAGGUGAAACAAACUCAGCCAGAAAAUAAAGCUAUAGGGCAAUGCUGGCAAUCGAGGGAACAUUGCAGCCAAAGAAGGAGGAGGACCCAGAUGUCACAAUAUCCUUCAAUCAAUCAGACUUCAGAUCGGCAAGCCCUAACCUCGACGACCCAGUAGUAAUCUCCAUCCAGGUUGGAGAGCUGUUGGUAAGAAAAACACUGCUGGACCCAGGUAGUAGUGCUGAUGUUUUGUUCUAUUCUACCUUUAAAAAGAUGAAGUUAUCAGAAAAAACAAUACAGCCUUCCUCUGGAGAGCUAAUUGGGUUCUCUGGAGAAAGGGUCCACAUCAUGGGACACGUAUGGAUAACGAUCACGAUGGGAGAGAUCCCUAUGUCAAAAUCCAUCAAUAUUCAGUACCUAAUAGUAGAUUGUUAUAGCCCUUAUAAUAUUAUUAUUGGGAGACCCGCCUUGAAUAUAUUCAAAGCGGUAGUGUCUACCUUACACAUGUGUGUUAAGUUUCCAGUACAGGAAAACAGGAUAGCAACAGUGUACGCCGACCACCAGGAAGCUUGGCAGUGCUACAAUGCCAGCCUGAAACAAAGCCCGACGAACAUGACAGCUCGGGCACAAGUCCAAGCAAUACACGACACUGCAGAGAUCCCUACGUUGGCCGAGCUCGACCCAAGAGAAGACCUCGGCGAGAGACCCCAGCCAAUGGAUAACCUCCACCGAGUGAUAUUAACAUCAGAUGACAAAUAGUACACACACAUUGGUGAAGCACUAGAAGGAGAGGAACGCAAAAAGCUUAUAAGUUUACUGCGCCAGAAUGCCGACCUAUUUGCAUGGACACCGGACGACAUGCCUGGAAUAAGCCCAGAAGUCAGCUGCCACAAGUUAGCAAUUGACAAGGCAGUCCGACCAGUAGCACAAAAGAAAAGAAACCUCGGAGAGGAGAAAAAACAAGCAGCACUCGAAGAAACCAAAAAGCUCCUCAACGCAGGUUUUAUCAGAGAAAUCCGCUUCACCACAUGGCUAUCAAACGUGGUAAUGGUAAGGAAAAUUUCAAGUAAAUAGCGCAUGUGCGUCGAUUUUACAAAUCUAAACAAAGCUUGCCCUAAAGAUGCAUAUCCAUUACCUUGCAUUGAUAAUUUAGUUGAUAAUGCUUCUGGUUUCAAAGCCUUGAGUUUUAUGGAUGCAUACUCUGGUUAUAACCAGAUUUUGAUGCACCCAGAAGACCAAAGCAAAACAGCUUUUAUAACAGAACAUGGAAAUUUUUGUUACAAGGUAAUGCCUUUUGGCUUAAAGAAUGCAGGGGCGACAUAUCAAAGAUUAAUGGAAAAGUAUUCCAACAACAGAUAGGCCGGAAUAUAGAAGUCUAUGUAGAUGAUAUGGUAGCAAAAACACCUGCACAAGGGUCACACUGUGAUGAUUUGGUAGAAGUUUUCAACCAACUCCGAGCAUAUAACAUGAGGCUCAAUCCAGACAAAUGUGCUUUUGGAGUCCAAGGAGGGAAAUUCCUUGGCUUCAUACUAACCUCACGAGGUAUAAAAGCUAACCCAGAGAAAUGCAAUGCAGUGCUGAGCAUGACAAGUCCAAAGAUAGUAAAAGAAGUCCAGCAAAUAGCAGGGAGAAUAGCCGCCCUAUCACGUUUCCUGCCUGCAGUGGCAAACCGAUCUUAUCAUUUCUUCCAGACAUUCUCUAAGGGCAAGAAAUUCACAUGGACAGACGAAUGUGAAAACUCCUUUACGGAACUCAAACAGCUCUUAGCAUCACCUCCAAUACUCCAGAGACCAGAGGCAGGUAAGCCGUUGUUUUUUUAUUUAUCAGUAUCUAACCAUGCCAUAAGCUCGGUCCUAGUGAUGGAAACAGGAAAAAAAGCAAAACCCAGUGUACUUCAUUAGUAAGGUACUACAACCAGCAGAAAUAAGGUAUCCGAAGAUAGAACAGCUAGCACUGGCACUAGUCACAACGGUAAGAAGGCUGCGACAUUACUUUCAAAGCCAUACAAUCAUAGUACGAACAGACCAACCACUAAGGCAGAUACUAACCAGACCCGAGCUGGCCGAACGGUUAAUAAAGUGGUCAAUCGAACUAUCCGAGUUUGACAUCCAGUACGAGUCGAGAAAGGCUCUGAAGUCACAAAUACUCGCCGACUUUGUGUCAGAGAUGACCAAUGAGGCACAACACACAUCAGCAAAUUGGAGUAUACAUGUGGAUGAAGCAUCAAACAGAGAAGGAAGCGGAGCUGGGGUACUGCUAAAAGAGGGAGAGAAAGUGAUAGCCGAACAAUCACUACAAUUCUGCUUCAACGCAAGUAACAACCAAGCGGAAUAUGAAGCUCUGCUAGCAGGAUUAAAGCUCGCCCAACAACUCAGAAUACUUCAGAUAACAGUCUACUGCGAAUCAUUGCUUGUAGUACAACAAAUCAAGGGCGAGUACCAGGUAAAAGAUCCUUUGUUAGAGAAAUAUUGGCUCAUAACAAAUGAUCUCAUCUCAAAGUUCAGUAAAUUUGAUAUUAUUCAUGUAAACUGAGAACAAAACACCAGAGCCGAUGUGUUAUCCAAGUUAGCCACAACAAGGCAGGCGGAAAACACACUGGCCCUGUCACAGCUAACACUCAACAAGCCGAGCUUUGAGCAGGACACAAUCUUAAGCAUCAUGCAGGUACCAGAUUGGAGAACACCCUUUUUCAAUUACAUCAACACAGGUGCCGUGCCAAACGAGG